AUGACACGAGAACAGUACAUACUAGCAACACAACAAAAUAACCUGCCAAGGGCUGAGAAUGCACAACUUUACCCAGUGGGAAUUUAUGGAUGGCGAAAGAGGUGCUUAUACUUCUUUGUCCUUCUGCUGUUGGUUACCAUGAUAGUUAACUUAGCCAUGACAAUUUGGAUAUUGAAAGUGAUGAACUUCACCGUGGAUGGUAUGGGAAAUCUGAGAGUCACCAAGAAGGGAAUCCGACUUGAAGGUAUAUCUGAGUUUCUACUUCCAUUGUAUGUGAAAGAAAUUCAUUCCCGAAAGGAUAGUCCACUGGUCUUACAGUCUGACAGGAAUGUAACAGUGAAUGCAAGAAAUCACAUGGGGCAGUUAACGGGACAGCUGACAGUAGGAGCUGAUGCUGUGGAAGCUCAGUGUAAAAGAUUUGAAGUGAGAGCAAGUGAAGAUGGCAGGGUGCUGUUUUCUGCAGAUGAAGAUGAGAUUACCAUUGGGGCUGAAAAGCUGAAAGUUACAGGCACUGAAGGAGCAGUGUUCGGGCACUCUGUCGAAACACCUCACAUCAGAGCAGAACCUUCCCAAGACCUCAGGCUUGAAUCACCAACCAGGUCCUUGAUAAUGGAAGCUCCCCGGGGGGUCCAGGUGAGUGCUGCAGCUGGAGACUUCAAGGCUGCCUGCAGGAAGGAGCUCCAUUUGCAGUCCACAGAGGGGGAGAUAUUUUUGAAUGCGGAUACAAUCCGGCUGGGAAACCUGCCGACCGGCUCUUUUUCCUCUUCUUCACCCAGCUCCUCCCACUCUCGGCAGACAGUGUAUGAACUGUGUGUCUGCCCCAACGGCAAACUGUACCUGUCUCCAGCCGGGGCUGGGUCGACUUGUCAGUCUGGUAGCAACAUCUGCUUGUGGAGCUGAACUGACUGAUUUCUCCUCACACCAGAAUAGCCUUUUGUUCCCGUCCGUCUCCUUCACGGUUCUGCUCCGUUUCCCUCGUGAUCAGUCCAGAGCUUCUCCAAAUGGUCCACAGAGCAACUCCUUCCAGUGUAAGCAGGGAUUCGUGCCACCUUCUCUCGUGAUUUUCU